AUGACGUGCUUGGCCACACUCUCCCAGGCAGCAGCAGGUGCAUGGCUGUUCCUCACGGUCUCCUCCCCAAAAGGGCAGUCCUUCAAAAGCAGAUUCAGUAGUACCACAGGGAUCCACUUCACCAUGGAAAUGUAUGAUGGAAUUUCAGCUUCCCCAAACCCAAGUAAUAUUAGGGUAGGAAUACUGAAAAAUUCACUGUGGAAGAAUCAUAAGUUACAAGCCAUGGAACAUCCUUAUCUUGGAAAAAUUUAUGACACUGAUCAGCAGGUUUGGAUCCUUCAGGAUGGAACACUUAUAGCAACUCCCAAUGAAGAAAAUGUGAACCCAGUGACUCUGGAGAUAUUUCCAUGUAGAGAUGAGUCCCUUCCUAAAGGCAAAGGAAAACCAAUUUACCUUGGCAUAAAAGCAUCAGGCUUUUGUUUGUGUUGUGCAAUGAAUGGAGAACAACCCCAGCUGCAGUUGGUGGAGAAGAAUAUAAUAGACCUCUACAAAGAACCUGAGGCAGUGAAGCCUUUUGUCUUUUACCUGAAUUCAACUGGCAGCACCUCUACCCUAGAGUCAGCUGCUUAUUCUGGCUGGUUCAUCAGCACAUCUCCAGACAAAAACCAACCUGUUACCCUGACCCAAAACUUGGGAAGCCAGUAUAAUACUGAUUUCUUCUUACAAAUAGAAAACUCCAGAUCAUAUCCCCCUAUCUCUGCAUAG